UGAAAGUAGAGAGAAGAGAGAACUUGAACUUGUUUGAGAGAAUGCUCAGGACUAAGGGAGUGAAGUUGUGCUCCUGCUUUGGACUUUCUGAGUGUGCCACAUACUUCGUACCACAAACCGUAUGAUAAACUUAUAUGUCACAGUUCAAUUCUCUAUAUCCAGUACUUUAGUAUAAUUUGUCACGACUCUCAUGAUAAAAAUUUGAUCAAGAACAAGAUGAAAAUGAUGUUGUAGCUGCUCCUGUAUGGGUCGUGAGGCAGAGUUCUCGGACACAUGGCUGACCCAGCGGCCGACACAGUGACAUGGUUCCUGCUUGACCUGGCUCCUUUGUUUAUGGUUUUGUUUUCGCAAGAUGAAGACGUACUAAACUCAAUGUUGGAGCACUAUGUCUGGUUUUGUAACAUCAAUGUCGAUUUUAGACUCGAUCCGUAGAUAAACGUUCUUGCUGUUCCAAUAUCAGCUUCUUUUCCAUCAAAUUCUACCCAGGAAUGGUUAGUCUUCUUCUCUGAUGCUCAUUCUAAUUUCCACAUUUUUUCGAUUACUUACAUGUGUGUGGCGGUUGCGUAUGGCUUGAGCUGUUGUGUGCUUGGCAGAAGCAAGACGGACCUAAAACUAGAGCAGCUGCUCGAGAAGAUUGUGCCUCUUCCCGUCCUCAACGCAAUCUUUGGCCCCUUCUAGUGCCUUGCUGGUAUCAGGACGAGCAUUUUCACGAAGAUGAGACGACGUGGACAUCUUUCGGCAACGCUGGUAGCUAGUAGCAGCCUGCUCGUCGUUGAGGGCAUGCGCAUGUCCAUGUCAGUCGAAAGUUUGCAAGCCAAUCCGAUCCGAAAAGUAGUUACCCUACUACAGGAGCUUGCUGAGGAAAUCGAGGCUGAACGUGAUGAAGCUUUGAAAGUGCAUGAGAAAGUGCAAUGUGGCUGCAAGAAGGAAAUCCCAGACAUGGGCAAUGAGAUAGAGGAUGCGCAGAAUAGCAUUUCAGCGUUGCAAAUUAAGGCUUGCGUCAAUCCAUCUCCAGAAGCAGUUGGAUUCCUAAGGACAUUGAUUUAUUCUAGAGGGAAAAAGCGUUCCCGGAUGUCAGAAGCAUCCUGUUGAGAAGAUUUCAGAUAAAGGGGAAAAGCAUUCCAGGAUGUCGUUCAAACGCCCCAGGCUGUCCUUCAAGAUGGAUUAAGCAGCGUAGUGAGACCUAAGCAAAGCCAAAUCUCAGAACGCAGUGGAGCGGCUGAACAACUGAAUAGCGAGCUAGCUGCUUUGGAGAAAGACAUAGCGGAGAACAAACAGUCACUCGCUGAAGCAGAAGAAGUUCGAAAGAAGGAGAGUGAGGAGUAUUUAGAAGUGUGAUUGAAUUCGUACUGGCGUGUUCUGACCAAUUAAGAUGUGCCAAUCUUCAUGAUCUAAUUGUAACGGUUGGUUUCUCAAUCAUAUAUCUUCUCUUUCAGGACAGACUUUGUAUUCUUCCAGACACAAAAAUCCUUUCCGACAGACAAAUCAAGAGUGUGCAUCUCCCAGGUAUCAAUCCGAAGCCGCAGUGACUCGUGUGAAUAUCGCUGCCAUGGAUCAGGCUAUUCCUGCUCUCAGAGCAGGCCUAACCUCAGCUUUUCUCCAGAAACAAGCAAAGACGGGUCUUACUACGCUGCUGCAGUUAUGGACAAAUGAUUGGAUCGGUUUGACUUGAGAUCUUCCUCACGGACUGUUGUUCUCUUCUCUGAGAAUGUUGAAGUUUGAUAAGAAUGCUCAUGAUUGAAGUGGAAAUGCAAUUUCUUUUACACAGGCCUAAGGAAAAUAGAGAGGAAAUGCAAUUUCGUUUACACAGGCCUAAGCCCUUUCCUUCUAAGUGACAACGGCGCCUUUGCCGCGGAGUCCGAUCGAGAAGCUGUCUACCAAGUCCUUCGAAAAGGAAGCGCAUUUUUGCAGGUGGACACAGCUUCUUCAGGUGAAAUCGUGGGUAUUUUGGAGCAGAUGCGUUCCAACAUGCAAGACAACCUGAUCGAGAGCACCAAGCAGGAAGAGGACGCACGAGCGACAUUUGAUAAAUUGGAGGGGAGUAAAAAAGGCGAGAUAGCAGCAGCUUCGAAGGAAUUGACGGAGAAAAGCACGCGCAAAGCGAAGCAGGAAAGCGACAAAGCGACUGCUGAGGAGAAUUUGGCGGAUACUGAGAAUUAAGACUGGAAUUUAAGGAUUCAACUAUUUUUGUACUACACCAAAUAUUGCGCUCGUUUCAUCUUGGACAAAAGCAAAACUCUUCUCGAUUUAAAAAUUCACAUUUUAUCAGUCAAGCACAGAUGAAACUAAUCCCAUCUAAUCCAAGGCCCUCGAAGACACCCAAAAAGAUCUAGCCGAUAAAAAGAAGGCUUGUGCAGACGAAUCAGCCUUGUACGACGAGAAUGAAAAGGCACGACAGGAAGAAAUCCUUGGAGUGCAGGAGGCUAUCAAAUUAUGGAGGAUUCCAAUUCUCUAACAUCCGCUGAUCCUCUAAGCUAUAACACGAAGAAAAACGAGUAGAAACAUGCAUAUGCUGAGAAAUUACAGUUGUAAGUGCUUGCCUCUCUAAUCCAAAUCUUGAACAGUGACGAUUCUCUGAGGCCGUUCGAUAAAGCCAUGCCUGCGAAAGAAGAGGAGGCUAGUGCAGAAGCCGCUGAGGAGGCCACGUCUUUCGUGCAGGUGGAAGCACGUGGCAAAUUCGAUGCUUUGCUGAAGAAAUGCAAUGAGUACUAUGCUUGUUUGUCACCAAUUUUUCUGCUCGGAUCCAUCGAUAUAACGCCUGAUGAAGCUCUCCUCAAACAGAUAAGACUACAUCAUCGUUCCCGUCAAAUGUCAAUCCCUGCAAAAGCCUCAUAACAUCUCAAAAAACAGCAUGAUCUCUCUGUUGCAGAAGGAGCAGAAGAGUGAAGAUGAUGAGCGCGAUAAGUGCAACAAGGAUUUGGCACAGUCGGCGCUUGAUGUCAAAGACGCGGAAACGGUGCAGAGCACAGCAGGGCAAGCAGUGGAACAAAAAAAUGCUGAAGUAUCUGCAGUGAAGGACGAGGUGGCGUCGGUCAAGAGCGUGCUUUAUGGCCGUCGUUUUUGUAUAACCUGCGCACACGAAAUGAUGCACUAACUACAAUUGAAGUGUUUUAGGAACUUUGUCGAUCAAAAUUGUUCCCACCUCUAAUGCCCAGCCGAACUGGAAACCACAAUUACUGAUGAAGGCGUGGCCCGUAAAGCCGAGAACGCUGCUUUUGUCCAAGAGCAAUCGGAGCUUUCGGCUGCCGUGAAACUACUGCAAAAGGCGGCAAAAAAACUGAAGGAAACUUUUGGUGCAAAGAAGAAAUCAGCAAUGCAGGUUGCUGCAUCUUCGAGUGCUGUUGAGGGAAGUAGUUCUAGUGAUGCUGUGGCUAUGGGUCAACCUCAAGAUGCUGAGGUAAGUGCUAUGCUGGGUUUGGAGGAAGCUCCGUCGUCGUUUUUGCAAGAAAGCCAAUCGCCAAGAUCACAGAAGUUAAGAGAGAGUAACUACUGUUGGAUAGAUGAUUGAUCAUUUUGUCCUUCUCGGUGCACAUUCAAAUUCUGCAAGCAAGAAUGAACUAGCAUUACGAGCAUUUGCUACUUGGAUGUUCCACUAUGUAUUACACGCAAAUAAUCGAUCCGUUUCUAACUCCCGGCGGCAACAUCGUGAUUAUCCUGAUCAACAUGGCUGCGGAUGUGAAGCGGGAGAUUGCACUGCUAGAACAGCAAGAGAAUGAAGAGCAGAAGGAUUAUGACGCUUUGAUGGCCGACUUGGCCAAGACAAGACAACAGCGCAAAGACGAAUUGACGACGAAGAAUGCUAUUAUGAGAAGUUGGUGAUGAAGUGAGAGCGAUGGAAGCUGAACCAAUGAGCGAGACGUAUUGAGCAUAAGCAAAAACCUAACUUCUCUUCAAUAUUUUGGGUCUCAUACAUAGUGGAGCGAGUUACUCAAGUCAUAGAGGUGGAGCGAGUUACUCAAGUCUGCUCAUACAUAGUCAUAGAGGGGACGGAGUCUCAUACAUAGUCUUGUACAUGUGGAGCGAGUUACUCAAGACUCACUCAAGAUGUGUUAUCUUCUAAUUUUUCUCUCGCAAAGUUGAAGCAAGAAGCGGAGGAGCUCGCUGAAGACUUGAGCUUAGCUGAAGAAGACGCUACUCAGCAGCGCGAAGAAGAGCAGACGUUGCACUCGAAUUGCGACGAUCUGUUGAAGAACUACGGCACACGCAAGGACGAGCGCGCUGGAGCUGUUGAUGGUCUACGCAAUGCGAUCGCGAUUCUAAAGGGCAUGACAGGAACUGGCGCAGCUGCGGAGAUUCAAACUUCAACUUAGGGAGCGGAUGUUCCUUGAUGUGGUAGUUGUCGUAUUACAUAUUUAUAGAUUCAUGAAUUGGCGUAGUACUUAAUUGUAAUAGAAAUAAUAGUCAAAAAUGUCAACUUUCAAAGCUCUAAAACACUGCCGUCGUCCAAAAGGCGAUGAGUGUCCGACCGGAGUUGAUGGGCCGACAAAGCGGUGCUGAUGAAUAGACACUGCUACGGAGGAAAUGCCGAUUUGAAUUGACACGGUUCCCCCAUAGAAUCUAUGAAUCCGUAGAAGAUAGUACCUGUAAUAUAAGGACCAUUGUUUUUUCCAUGAUUCUAAUCUAUGAGUUGACUUCUACGUGUGAAUAGAUAGUUGGAAACGGUACUGCAUUUUUGAAGUCAAAUACGGUGUUCUUCUGACCGAUGCAGCUGACGAGUUUCUGGAUGAAAUUUUUUGUGAAGUACCUGCGUUAUCAGUGUGUACUAGGAGAGAUGAGGGAGAGAAGACAAAAAGAAAAGGAAAAGUCAUCUGAGGAAGCAUAGUUGGAGUGUUCAAUAUCCGGCCAGAUUAUACGACAGGUAACGAGCAGUCAUUGAGUUAGUGCAUUAGAGUAGCUGCGUGAUUUAGAUUGUGCUGACUCAACAAGAAUGGGAAAGUCUUCUCCGCCGGCCUUUUGUAAUUACAUUUACCUGAC